ACCUUACUGGGUACUUGAUCCAAACAGUGCCUAUAAAUUGGUGCAUGCAAGAAAGAGCUAAUGCACAACACAUCUCUAGUUGGUUCCUAAUUUCAAACAAUGGCUUAUGUUAGGCUUGCUCCGUUGGCUCUCUUCUUGCUUGCCACUUCAUUAGUGUUCCCAAUGAAAGAGAUAGAAGCAGUAGUGUGUAAUGGCGCUUGUUCACCUUUUGAGAUGCCACCGUGCGGGUCAACUGAUUGUAGAUGUAUCCCUUGGGGACUAUUUGUUGGUUCGUGCAUAUAUCCAACUGGUGGAGUAACAUCUGUUGCAAACAUGAUCAACCAACAUCCCAACUUAUGUCAAUCUAAUGAAGAGUGUUUGAAGAAAGGAAGUGGAGACUUUUGUGCUCGUUAUCCUAAUGAUUACAUGGAUUAUGGAUGGUGUUUCGAUUCAAAUUCUAAAGCACUAAAUGGGUUCUUGAAAAUGCCUACGACACUCCCCAAGUGAUGUGGUAUGCCAAAUGAAAAGUGGCAUACAUGAUGCAUCACUAAUACUAUAUACUAAAUAAAUAGAUGCAUCAUCUACUACUUCAAAUAAAACAGUGCUACAGUAUAUGUAGCUUUUGUUUCCAACUUAUAGUUGGUUACCUCAAGACUCUCUAUCUAUGUUUGUUUUUGACAUGAGUAAUGAAGAUAGUAUUUACAUAUA